GAACCCGUCACAACCGACACGACAUUGUGUGCAGACGCCAGCAAUAAUCACACAGAAUGCCUGUCGUGCAUAUGCUUGACUAUGCGGCCGGUAAUGUCCGGUCGCUGGUCAACGCCAUCGAGAAGCUCGGCUGGCAGGUCGAAUGGAUCAAAGAACCGAAGGACAUCGAAAAGGCAGAGAAAUUGAUACUUCCAGGAGUUGGACACUUUGGUCAUUGCCUGACACAGUUCUCCAAUGCUGGAUUUGUCGAUCCUGUUCGUCAACACGUUCAAUCUGGCAAACCGUUCAUGGGCAUAUGCGUUGGUCUUCAAGCCUUAUUCAAAGGAUCCGCCGAGAAUGAGAAAGUCUCUGGUCUUGGUGUAAUCAAUGGACGACUUGAAAGAUUCAAGGAUCACGACAAGAGCGUUCCUCAAAUUGGAUGGAACUCUGCCAACACUUCUGCCAGCGACCAGAGCAUUUACGGCAUGAGUCCAGACAGCAAGUACUACUAUGUGCACUCAUAUGCUGUGCCUUAUCGGGAAGGCCAAUUCGAGAAGGAUGGAUGGACUGUUGCCAAGGCUCGCUAUGGUGACGAAGAGUUCGUGGGUGCCAUCGCAAGAGACAAUGUUCUGGCUACGCAGUUUCACCCCGAGAAGAGCGGUGCUGCUGGGCUGCGCGUCCUCAAAGCCUUUCUGGAAGGCGAAAAAUCUGCCCCACUACCUAAAGAGCCGCACUCUACGAAGGAAGGACUGACCAGACGAAUCAUUGCCUGUCUCGAUGUCCGCAGUAACGAUCAGGGCGAUCUUGUCGUGACGAAGGGCGACCAAUACGAUGUACGAGAAAAGUCUGGCGAUAAUGCCGUACGGAACCUCGGCAAGCCAGUCGAGAAAGCACAGCAGUACUAUGAGCAAGGCGCUGACGAAGUCACUUUCCUCAACAUUACAUCGUUCCGUGACACACCUCUGAAGGACUUGCCCAUGCUGGAAGUCUUGCGUCAGACAUCGGCAACAGUGUUCGUGCCACUCACUAUAGGAGGUGGCAUUCGAGAUACGACAGAUCCUGAAACUGGCCGCGUCGCACCAGCACUGGAAGUUGCGACAAUAUACUUCAAAAGCGGAGCCGACAAGGUCUCCAUUGGCUCUGAUGCAGUAACGGCGGCAGAAGAAUACUAUGCCAAUAACAAGCAGCUAUCUGGCAAGACUGCGAUCGAAACAAUCAGUGAAGCAUACGGCGCUCAGGCAGUAGUGGUAUCUGUCGACCCUAAGCGAGUCUAUGUGGCCGAUCCCAGCACCACGACUCACAAUACAAUAGAGACAUCUUUCCCGGGUCCCAAUGGAGAGAAACACUGCUGGUACGCGUGCACAAUCAAGGGUGGACGGGAAACGCGAGACUUUGAUGUGAUCCAACUGGUGACCGCAGUUGAAGCCAUGGGAGCAGGAGAGAUCUUGCUCAAUUGUAUCGACAAGGAUGGGACGAACUCCGGCUUUGAUCUCGAGCUGAUCAGGAGCGUCAAGGCCGCGAUCAAGAUUCCGGUGAUUGCUAGCUCCGGCGCCGGAAAUGCAGCACACUUUCAAGAAGUCUUCGAGAAGACGAAUGUAGAUGCCGCGCUUGGUGCAGGGAUGUUCCACAGGAAUGAGUGGACUGUCAAACAAGUAAAAGAGGAGUUGGGCAAGACUGGGUUGAUGGUUAGGAGAUUUGAGGACGACGUCUAG